CAUUCAGUAGAUUUCUGAUCGUGAACAUUAAAAGAGUGUGUUGUUCGUGUAUUAUUAUAGUGUUUAGCAUAGAGUUUUAAUAUUAAAAAAAUAAGAGAAUUUAUUUACGUAUUAUCACCGUUGUUCCGUCACUUGAUAAAUAGAACUAAUAUUAAUAUUACAAUUUUGUGUUAAAACUAAAAUUAAAAAAUAAUAUAAAAAAGAAUAAUAUUUAUUUUGCAUAAUAUUUUUGAAAUUGAAACUUUUUUGUUUCUAUUCUUUUUAAUUAAUUUUGGAAUUAUUUAAUGCGUGAAAGAAGAAGCAAAAUGCCAAGGGGUGGUACAACAACAACGCGCUAUGAAGAUCGUUCACAAAAUACAUGGAAUUGUGCAUCAUGGUUUGAAUAUUUAUUAAUUGUAAUUCUAUCAACAAUACUCCUAAUUGGUGUUAUUGUUUUAAUACUCUUCUGGGUAUUAUAUUAUCGUGGUGGUUUAGCAUGGUCAAAUCAACCUGAAUUACAAUUUAAUUUGCAUCCAGUAUUAAUGGUUGGUGGGCUUGUAACUAUUUCAGGAUACUCAAUACUAUUGUACAGAUUAUGCAGAUGCUUAAAACAUAUUUAUGUUAAAUUGGCUCAUAUGUUCUUCCAUGCUUGUGCAGUACCAUGUGUUGUAUUGGGAUUUUUAGCUGUAUUUGAAUCACAUGAAAAUUUAUAUCCAGAUAAACCACAUUUUACUUCACUUCAUACAUGGUUAGGAUUGGUAACAAUGGGAUUAUUUGGUUUACAAUUUGUUGUCGGUUUCUUUAGUUUUUUAAUUUUAUUAUGUUGCGAAAAUUAUACAUACUCAUGUCGAUCAGCUAUGGUACCAAUUCAUGCAAGUUUUGGUGUAGUUACAUUAAUGCUUGCAAUUGCUACAGCUCUUACAGGAAUUUUAGAUGCAUAUGACGAAAACACAAAACCCGAAUUGGAAAAAUAUGUUAUGAAAUCAACUGGUAUGGUAUUAGUUGCAAUUGGUAUUGUUGUCUCAUUUGCUGUACGAAGAUCAAAUGCUCCAGCUACUGCUAAAGUAUAUGUAACAGAACGUAUUUAAAGAAAUUCAUAAAUAAAUAAAAUAAAAAAAUCAUUAAAUAUAAUUUUAAUAUUAAAUAAAAAAAUAAAAAGAAAAAAAAACAAAUCUUUGAAUUUUCAAAAAAAAAAAAAAAAAAUUAAAUAAAAUGAAAUUUACAAAACGCAAAAUUAAUAUUUCAACAUAACGAAAAAUCAAAUAAAUAAUUUGAAAAAAAAUUAAUUUAAAAUAAUUUUUAUUCAAAAUUAAAACAAACAAAAAAAAAACAAUAAUUAUUAAAUCGAAAUUAUUAAAUUUAAAAUUUUAUUUUAAUUUUUUUCCUUGUUUUCUUCCAUUUUAUAUUUUUUUUUCAUUUAAUUAUAUUUAAAAAUUAUUUACAAAAAAAUUAUAAAAUAAAAUUAAAUAAAUAUAAAAUUGUUUUCUACUUUAUUAUAAAUAAUUUUUUUUUCGUAAAAUGUUCUCAAAAAACCAAAAUAAUUUGAUAUUUAUAUAAAAAUUCAUAAAUUGUUUCAUACAUACAUGCAUUCAAAAUUAUCUAUAGACUAUAUACGUCAUGUAAAUUAACAUUUAAAUAAAUAAUAAAAAUAAAUAAAUAAAAAAAAAUUUAUAUGAAUUAAGUUUAAAAUGAAAAUACAAAAAAAAAAAAUAAUAAAUAAUUUUUUUUUCGCUGCCAAAUAAUUGUAAACGACGACAUAAAAUGGCUGAUAAAAAAAAAAAAAACACAAAUCAAAAUGGCUGCAAAUUUAUAAACAGUUAUAUCUAGUAUAUGUAGUAUUUUACAUAUUUUAUAAAUGUGAAAAUAAAAAUUAAUAAAAUGGCUGCCAAAAAUAUUUAAAAUAAAAUUUAAAAAAGAAAAAAUUAAUCAAAUUAAUUUUUUUUAAAACAAUUUUUGAAUUUUUUUUUUUUUCUUUUAAUUGAAUUUUCCUUUUUUAUUUUUCGAAAUCAUUCUAUAUAAUUGAAAUAUAUACAGUUCAAUUAUUUUAUAAAUCCAAAAUAUUAUAAAUAUAUACAGUCCGACCCAUAUACAAGCAUCUCACUUAAAAAAAAAUAUU